UAUUAUGUAAAUUAGAAUAAACAGGAUUAAAAUUUAAAAAUUAAAACGUCUAUUCAGCUCAUUUAUCUUUAAUAAUCGUCAGUGAUUUAGUUUAUUAGAUGACGAAUAUUGUAAUUUAUGCGAAACUCAUAAACACUACGAUGACAUUAUAAUACGUUUUAAAAUAUUGAAUACACAGGCCGUCAGGCUACAUACACAAAUGACAUCAUAGGCCAUAGCAAAUGAAGAUAAAGUAUCUUCAUUUUGCUGACUGGACUAACGAAAUCAUCAUAUGGCUUUUAUUAACAAUUUUGAUUUUUGUUUCACCAUGCGGACAGUAUCUAAACUACCUAUUAAGGUAAAAUCGAAAUAAAGUAUUUAACACCUAGGGUAUUUUCAAGAUGUGGUAGUCAGUGAGAGUUGUAAACGAUUAAAAAUGGUAGACUCAAACACUAAGGAUGAAGAAACCCUAGUCGAAGACUCUUCAAUAAUCACAUCAUUUUCAAAAAUCAGUACUGCUCUUUUCUAUGCUGCUGCGUCCAUGUUGAUCACUGUAGUAAAUAAAUCCGUACUAACCAGUUAUGGGUUUCCGUCCUUCCAGUUUCUAGCCAUUUGCCAAAUGUUUAUGACAAUUUUUGUACUGUUUACAGCCAAAAGUCUUGGAAAACUAAAAUUUCCAGACUUAAAUAGGUACACAUUUAAAGAUACAUUUCCAAUGCCUCUGAUAUAUUUAGGUAACAUGGAGUUUGGCUUGGGCGGUACCAAAGAAUUAAGCUUGCCUAUGUUCACCAUGUUAAGACGUUUCUCGAUACUAAUAACCAUGUUAGGUGAAUACUAUUUGCUCAACAUUAGGCCAAAGUUCUCUGUCAAGAUAUCGGUUGGCAUGAUGGUCUCUGGUGCUGUUAUAGCAGCAAGUAACGACCUGGGAUUCAAUUUCAAUGGAUACAUGUUUGUACUGUUUAAUGAUUUUCUGACUGCAGCAAAUGGAGUUUUCACAAAGAAAAAAUUAAACUCUAAAAAAGAAAUGGGAAAAUAUGGACUUAUGUAUUACUCAUCAUUGUUCAUGAUACCACCCGCAUUAAUAUUGUUAUAUUUUUCGGGCGAUCUAGAUAAAGUAUACAGAUUCAGUUAUUGGUUGCAUACACCUUUUUUAAUCCAAAUUUUCAUCUCAUCCAUAAUGGGCUUUAUUUUAAAUUAUAGCAUAAUGUUAUGUACACAGUACAAUUCAGCUCUAACGACAACAAUAAUUGGAUGUCUUAAAAAUAUAUUUGUCACCUAUAUGGGUAUGUUUAUUGGUGGUGACUAUGUAUACACAUUGAAUAAUUUCAUUGGUAUCAAUAUCAGUGUUAUUGGUAGUCUAUUUUACACUUAUGUCACAUUCAGACCAUCUGCACCAUCCCAAAUUAAGUUGCCAAAAACUAUAAAUAUUUAAAAG